CUUGUUCGUGUUUGCAGUGCAUUUGUUGGUUGUGUCUAACAACAUAACAUCUAACAAUGUCAAUGUGUUUUCUUUCUUUCAGAUGCAGCUGUGAGAUGUCAAACCUAACACAACCCAAGGACAACAUCACAAUAGGUUUCACACAAAGUGUCCUCUUUGGACCUGUGUCGGUAGCACCAUUAUUAAUCUUUCUUUAUAUCAAUGGGGUUGUAUUAUUCACUUUAAGGAGCAAGCCAGUCUUUCGAGAAACACCUCGAUACGUCUUGUUGUACAAUCUUAUUUUUUCUGACACCUUCCAGUUAGCAUUGGGACAACUUCUGUACAUACUGGCUGCCACCCGCGUGUAUAUGAUUCGCUAUCUCUGUUUCUUAAUUGUCAUAGUGGCCAUGCUUACUACUGAAAUCUCCCCUUACAACCUGACGGUGAUGUCACUGGAGAGGUAUGUGGCUGUGUGCUUCCCACUGAGGCACUCUGCCUUCGUCACCGUCAACAACACAGGUGUGUCUAUUGCUGUGGUGUGGGCCAUCUCCGGCAUAAGCACCAUCAUCCGAAUAUUUAUGUUGAUCCUCCUGGAGUCUAUGCCUCUAGAUCAGUACAUGCUGGAUUUCUGUUCUAAAGAAGCACUUUAUAAACACAAAGUGUUCUAUGAUUAUGAUAAAGCCUUCACUGGCGUCACUUUUGUAUUUGUGGGAAUCGUAAUCUUGUGCUCCUACUUUGGUGUGAUGAUAGCAGCCAGAUCUGCUUCCUCAGGCAAAGCCUCGACCACCAAGGCUAAAAAAACAGUUGUGCUGCACAUGAUUCAGCUGCUUCUCAUUCUCUCCUCCACCCUCGUCUCCCCUAUUCUAACAGCCUUCUAUGGAAAAGUAGAUCGAGUCACACUUGUACGUAUUAGUUAUGCCCUCUUUUUGUGCCUUGUGAACUUGCCCAGGUGUCUGAGUGGUCUGAUAUAUGGCCUGAGAGACCAAACCAUCAGACCCUUUCUUCUGUACAACCUCAGUUUUGGUCUCAGUCACCCAGUUAUGGUAUCUGGUAAAUAAACUGCAUCACCUGUUUUUGUCCCUCAGCAGCAUUCAAAGCACAUUUUCAUCACACACACACGCACACACACACACACACACACAGACAGAGCUGCCAUGCAAGACGCUGG